AUGGAUCAACCUGUUUCGCAAGUGACCUCUGCUGUUGCUAGUGGUGCCGCAAGCGCUGCCACCGCUGCCAGUUCUGCUGCUGCCACCGCUGCCUCGGUGGCUGUUGAUCAAUUGGAAGUAUUAUUCCAAGGUGCUCCAUCCUGGAUCAAGGUCCACACUCCAUCAAUUGACCACCCAUUCGGUCUUGAGUUGUGGCCCUUGUUCUCUGCUGUCUUCGAAAAGAUUGCUGGAUACCCAGCUGAGGACUUCAGAUUCAUCUACAAUGAAACCUUCUUGGCUAACGGUUACCAAGCCAUCGGUAUUAUUAUCUUCUACUACAUUGUCAUCUUUGGUGGUCAAGCCAUCUUGCGUGCCAUCAACGCCUCUCCAAUGCAUUUCCACUUUUUGUUCCAACUUCACAACUUGUUCUUGACCUCCAUCUCUUUCAUACUAAUGGUUCUGUUGAUUGAACAACUUGUUCCAAUGAUUUACCACCACGGUUUGUUCUGGGCUAUCUGUUCCCCACAAGCUUUCGCUCCAAAGUUGGUUGUUCUAUACUACUUGAACUACUUGACCAAGUUUGUUGAAUUGUUUGACACUGUCUUCUUAAUCUUCAAGAGAAAGAAGUUGCUGUUCUUACACACUUAUCACCAUGGUGCCACCGCUUUGCUAUGUUACACUCAAUUGGUCGGUGAAACCUCUGUCGAAUGGGUUCCAAUUGUGCUAAACUUGGGUGUCCAUGUCGUUAUGUACUGGUACUACUUCCUAAGCUCCUGCGGUAUCAGAGUUUGGUGGAAACAAUGGGUCACUAGAUUCCAAAUUAUCCAAUUCUUGAUCGAUUUGGUUUUCGUAUACUUCGCAACUUACACCUUCUACGCAAACAAGUACUUUGACGGCAUUUUGCCAAACAAGGGUACUUGUUACGGUACUCAAGAUGCUGCAGCAUACGGUUACUUGAUCUUGACUUCUUACUUGGUCCUAUUUAUCUCUUUCUACAUUAACUCUUACAAGAAGGGUAGCAAGAAGAAGGCUGAAAAGGAAGCUGAAAAGGCCGCUGCCGCCUCUGCUACCUCUUCUGCUGUUAAGACUAAGUCCUCCAAGCCUUCCUCUAGAAAGGCUUAA